AUGACUGUCUCUGACAAUAAGGAUACUUAUUCCUUUGUCUAUCCCUUUGGCUGGCAGGAAGUUGUGAUUGAAGGUCAAGACAAGGUUUACAAAGAUAUCAUUGAGCCAGUAGAAAGUAUAGCUGAGACACUGAUACAGAAAGUCUUGGCACCUCCAAACCAGAAGACUGCUCUUAUUGAUGCAUCAGAGCAUGAAGUUUAUGGGAAGACUUAUUAUCAGUUUGAGUUCACUGCUCAGCCUAGAAACUACACUCACUGUUUUCAAUGGUAA